UCAAAACGGAGCAUGUAAAGAAACAGAUAGAUAGGUAUUCCAAGUGUAUAUACAUAUAUCACAGAAUGAGUAAAGAACAGAGUGGCGUCGUCAAGGCAUGGGAGGCAACGGUACGGCGAACCCAGGCGGCGAAGAAGCGAGCCAACAGCAUCUUCGGCACCGUAUCCAUAGCGCCUCAUGCAGAUGAAGAGAGCGACGAUGACGACGAGGAAAGCCGGAUCAGCGUCGGAGACUUGUACCACGCCGAGCGAGUUCUCCCUAACGGGGAUUACUACACGGGGCAAUGGUACGACAACUUCCCUCACGGCCAAGGCAAGUAUCUUUGGACCGACGGCUGCAUGUACGUCGGCGAAUGGUACAGAGGCAAGACAAUGGGCAAAGGCCGGUUCAGCUGGCCGUCCGGCGCCACCUAUGAAGGCGAGUUCAAAAGCGGGUACAUGGACGGAACCGGCACUUACAUCGGGUCAAACGGGGACACUUACAGAGGCCAAUGGGUGAUGAACUUGAAGCACGGACACGGCGUGAAGAGCUACGGUAAUGGAGACUGGUAUGACGGAGAAUGGAGAAGAGGAAUGCAAGAAGGGAACGGGAAGUACCAAUGGCAAAACGGAAACCAUUACAUCGGGGAAUGGAAAAACGGGGCGAUUUCAGGCAAGGGCAGUCUGGUAUGGGCAAACGGGAAUAGAUACGAUGGGUACUGGGAAGACGGGCUGCCGAAAGGGAAUGGUACCCUAAAAUGGCCUAAUGGGAGUUUCUACGUAGGACAUUGGAGCAGAGAGGUGGAUGAACAAAAUGGGACGUAUUACCCAUCUGGUUCGUCGCCGGAGGAGACGAUGGAAUGGGAUCCGCAGGCUGUUUAUAACGAUAUAAAUGAGAAUUGUAAGGUUUGCAGCGGUGAGAGGGUAUCGAUUCUGCCGUCGCAGAAGAGAUUGGCGGUGUGGAACUCGUCGAAGCGGGUGGAGAAACCGAAGAGAAUGUCGGUGGAUGGGCGGGUGAGCGUGGGAGUGGAGAGAGCUUUUGAGAAGAUGAACAUGUGGGAGUGUGAUGGAGAAGGAAAUUAUGAUGUGAGGAGAGAUAUGGAUGGGGAUUUAUUGGGCCUUAGUGGGGAAGAUGGGAAUUUUCCAAGGUCUGUUCCUAUGAGAUUGCCAAGAGCCGGGAAAAAACAGGGACAGACUAUUUCUAAAGGCCACAAGAAUUAUGAGCUUAUGCUCAAUCUACAGCUCGGAAUCAGGCAUUCAGUGGCAAGACCAGCACCAGCAGCCUCUCUUGAUCUCAAGGCUUCAGCUUUUGAUCCAAAGGAGAAAGUUUGGACAAGAUUCCCUCCGGAAGGAACCAAAUAUACCCCACCCCACCAGUCUUGUGAAUUCAAAUGGAAGGACUACUGCCCAUUAGUUUUCAGGAGUUUGAGGAAGUUAUUCAAGGUAGAUCCAGCUGAUUACAUGAUAUCAAUUUGUGGGAAUGAUGCUCUCCGUGAGCUAUCUUCUCCUGGUAAAAGUGGUAGCUUCUUUUACUUGACCAACGAUGAUCGUUACAUGAUCAAAACAAUGAAGAAAUCAGAAGUCAAGGUUCUCUUAAGGAUGCUUUCAGCAUAUUAUAACCAUGUCCGAGCCUUUGAGAACACUUUGGUCAUCAAAUUCUACGGCCUGCACUGUGUAAAGUUGACAGGUCCUAUCCAAAAGAAGGUGCGGUUCAUUAUUAUGGGGAAUCUUUUCUGUUCUGAAUACACAAUACACAGACGCUUCGAUUUGAAAGGAUCUUCACUUGGCCGCACAACAGAUAAGCCCGAAUCGGAGAUUGACGAAAACACCAUCCUCAAAGAUCUCGAUCUCAAUUUCUUAUUCAGACUGCAAAAGGCUUGGUACCAAGAGUUUUGCAGGCAAGUAGACCGCGAUUGCGAGUUUUUAGAGCAAGAGAGAAUUAUGGAUUACAGUCUUCUGGUUGGUCUUCACUUCAGAGAAGCAUCGGUUGCUGGAGAGCUAAUUCCUUCCGGCGCUCGAACUCCAACUGGAGAAUCUGAAAAUGAUUCAGGGCCUCGUCUUUCUAGAGCAGAUGUUGAUCAGCUCUUUAUUGACCCCAAGAGGUGGGCGAGUAUUAGACUAGGAAUUAACAUGCCAGCAAGAGUUGAGAGAACAAUGAGAAGAAGCGAUUGCGAGUUUCAACUCAUUGGAGAACCAACCGGAGACUGCUACGAAGUGAUAAUGUUUUUUGGAAUCAUAGACAUUCUUCAAGACUACGACAUUAGCAAGAAACUCGAGCAUGCUUACAAGUCAAUCCAUUAUGAUCCGACCUCUAUUUCUGCAGUUGAUCCGAGACAAUACUCAAAACGUUUUCGUGAUUUUAUAUUCAAAAUUUUCACAGAAGAUAAUUGAAGUUCUUAAUUUAUCAACCCCAUAAUUUUUAGGUUUCAAUAUGUGCAGCUGACUCGUGUUGCAAAUUAGGAUUUACAUGUGAAGUCUAAUCAUUCUUUCGGUUAUGUAUAAACUCGGUACAGAAUAUAUUAUACAAUGUAUGUUCUGAUUAAAGGCAUAGGAAAAAGGAGUAGGGAAGUGAAAGCCUACUCCAGUUGUAACAAAGUGUUUAGAAACUUAUUUUUACUUUGUCACUGUUUUGUCUCAGGGGAUCAAAGGAAACUAAUGCCUGAGAUUUGUUGUGUUAA